AUGUUUGAAUCCGUUGUUGCAACAUUGUUGAACCGCUUCUUGGGGUCUUACAUAGAAAACUUCGAUACCAAGCAGCUUAACAUAGGAAUAUGGUCUGGUGACGUUCGCUUGAAGAACUUGAGACUUAAGAAGGAGUCGUUAGACAAAUUCAAAUUGCCAGUGGAUGUCAAGUUUGGCCACUUGGGAGAGCUUACGUUACUGAUUCCAUGGUCUAAUUUGAAAGGAAAGCCAGUAAAGGUGAUAAUUGAGGACGUGUACCUUCUUGCCUCUCCAAUCAUCAUCAAUGACUUUGAUGCUGAUGAAGACGCUACAAGGGAACAGAAGCUCAAGCAAGAAAAGCUUCAGGACUUGGAAGCAUUACAAAGUGCAAUUGCCUCCAAUCUCAAUGCUGCAAAGGGUGACAACCAGGCCGCCAACGAGUCCUUCACCGAAAGCUUGGUCACCAAGAUCGUCGACAACUUGCAGGUCACCAUCAAGAACAUCCAUGUUCGCUAUGAAGACGAAGGCGUUUUGACAGACUCACCGUACGCAUUGGGCCUUACCCUCGAUGAAUUGUCGGCCGUUUCGACGGAUGAUCAAUGGAAGCCUAGCUUCAUCUCGAUUACCCAGAGCCUUUCCAGAAAGCUACUCAUGCUCAAGAACUUCUCGUGCUACAUGAACACGGAAAGCUCCAGCAUCUUUUCAGGUACGCCAGACGAGGUUCUUGAGGCUCUUAAAUCCACACUUGCGACCAGAUCUGAGAAGCAGUACCUUCUCAAACCUGUUUCCGGAGAAGGGCGUCUUACCGUCUACAAAACAGGUGCCACUGAAACGCAUCCGCAUAUAACAACUGAGCUCUUCUUUGAUGAGUUUGGCGUUGAGUUCGACAGCAGUCAGUAUAGAGACGUGCUUUGGACCGCUUCCAAGCUUCAUUGGUACCAAAAGACGUGGAAGUUCCGCAAAUACAGACCUAAGGUAUCUGUUGAAGAGGAUCCAAAAGAGUGGUUCAGAUACACAGCAAAGAGCAUCCUCGGUGAGAUUCACGAGAAAAACUAUUGCUGGAGCUGGGAUCACUUCAAGAAGAGAAGAGACCAGAGGAAGAAAUACAUCGGUUUAUGGAAACAGAAAGUCCUCAAAAAGACGCUCUCAGCGCUGGACGAAACCAUGUUCGAGAAGUUGGAAUGGGAUCUACCCUACGAGGAUAUUAGGUUUUACCGCUCAUUAGCCAGAAGUGAGAUUCGUAAGGAGAAGCUCAAUGCUCCUCCCGCAACACCACAGCCAGUAUCGCAGGGUGGCUGGAUUUCUUCAUGGUGGUAUGGCAACAAGAGUCAGGAAACUAUCGAGGCUCCUAAGUCUGAGGGCGGUUUGAACCUCACUUUGACAGAUGAACAGCGCAAAGCCUUAUAUGAAACUAUCGACUUCAACGAAGAUGACGCUAUCACUGAUGCUGUGAAUAUUCCACGCGAUAGGGUUACUGUCGAGGUCUUCAUGACCGUCAAAAAAGCCGGCAUUUCCUUGAAGCCUGUGAAACAUGGCCCUAGCUUGGCAGAAGUGAUUGUCGAGGGCUGUAGAACACAGCUCUAUCAAAGACCCGACUCUUUUCUUGCUAACUUCCAAUUGCAAGAGCUUAAGGUCGAGGAUGGGACUUCAAAGACUCUUUACAAACAUAUUGUCAGCGUUAAGCAUGUCCAUUCAGAUCUUCAUCAAUCUGUGGAGGAGUUCCAUGAUGCAUCUUCUUCCAUAACGUCCCAAAAACAAGAUCCGUUCUUCCAAGUAUCUUUCGAAAAUAAUCCAUUGGACGGCAGCGCAGACUCAAUUCUUCUCGCCAAACUUAAUUCCAUGACUAUUUUCUACAACGCAUUCUUUAUCGAGGAGAUUAUCAAAUUUUUCAAACCUCCCAAGAUACAUCUUGACACUAUUGGAGCUAUAAUGAAUGCUGCUGAGGCCACGAUGGAAGGUAUCACCGCGCAAACCAGAUUGGGUCUUCAAUAUGCAUUAGAAGAACAUAAGACCAUCAAUGUAAAGCUCGAUCUCCAGGCGCCAUUGAUCAUUCUUCCCCUUGAUCCUACGAGUUGGAAAUCCCCCGUGGCUAUAUUGGAUGCUGGUCACCUUAGCGUCACGAGUAACUUGGUUGAUAAAGCAACCAUUGAAGAAAUCAAGUCGAAAGAGAGCUACGACAAGGAGGACUGGACCACACUCAAAACACUCAUGUAUGAUCAAUUUAACCUCCAUCUUCAGGAUGCGCAGUUCCUCGUGGGUUCUACGAUCAAGGAUACAAUGGAACAGCUUCAUACAGAGACUUCAAAACAGUCAGCUGUCAUGCUCAAUAACUUGGAUAUCAAACUAAAUCUAGGUGUAUCAAUCAUACCCGAAGCUACGAACUUGGCACGGUUCAAAGUUGGUGGAGAAAUACCAGAGAUCAACAUUGCGCUCAACGACUUCCAAUACAAAACCAUCAUGAAGCUUGUGGAUGUCCUUAUACCAGAUCUUUCUGAUAAUGAUGCAGAUGACAACAGUGUUUUCCAUGCCUUUGGUCAAAAAGGAGAAGAAUACAAGCUAGAGGACGUCGAGGAAUCUAUGAGUACUCUCACAAAUGCCAAGAGGCCCGAGAACCCACAACACAUGUUUGAAAUGGAUUUUAAAGUAUCAAAGGUGAAUAUGUCAUUGAAGAGAUGCAAGGAUGCUGUUACAUUGGAAGCAGAGCCCUUCCUCAACCUCAUCGGAGACACCUUGAGAUUUACUUUCUACAAGACUGAUUACGAUAUGCACCUUGACUUGACCUUAAUCGACAUUGAUAUUAUCGACCAUAUUGAGAAGUCUGGCGUUCCCGAGUUUGAAAAGUUGGUGUCCUCGAGAAACUUUACGGAAACUGAAGCCGUCAACCGCAAGCAAGAAGAACUUUUCAAAGUUGAUCUCACAAGGACUCAAAGAAUUGUCGAAUUUAAGGGUAAUGAUAUCGAAGUAUUUGAUUUGGACAUAAUCGUGGAUAUGUCUGCCGUGAAGUGUGUGGUUUCAAGAAUGUCAUACUUGAGCAUUCUUAAUUUCAUGUUGAACACCUUCACCGAUCCAAAUGCGGAAGAAACACCUGCCGACAAGUUGAAGCACAACGAUUACAAAGAUGAUAGAGUUGCUCCUCAAAAAAUCAACGUGAAGGUAAACCUCGAUAGUAUUAUCGUCGUCCUCAACGAGGACGACCUAAAAUUGGCCACUUUACAAUUGAGCACAGCAAAUGUCAAGGUUUUCGUCCUUCCAGAGGCUUUGCAAGUGAGUGGCUGCCUUGGAGCUUUGUCUUUGCACGAUGAAUCUAACGAGGGCUCACCAAGGGACUCUAUUUUCCGUAAUUUGAUCAAUAUCGAUGGUGACAACUUGGCGGAAUUCACUUACAAGACAUAUGACCCAGCCACCAACAAGGAGCCAUUCGAUAGCUAUAUUGAGUUCAUUACCGGAUCUCUGACCAUCAACUUUGCAGAGGAUGCCUUCGGAAAAAUAUUCAACUAUCUCAAUAAGUUUGCUCAGAUGAAGGCCAUCUAUGAUAAGGCUCGAGAUGCUGCCAUAAACCAGGCAAACCAAAUUGAUGAUGCCAUCCGGAUAAAGAUGAAUAUUUUGGUCCGGGCGCCCACGGUUCGUUUACCCAAACUCAUUGAUGUUAGCAAAGACGAGUACGAUGUUAUAGUUGCUGAACUUGGUGAACUCUACUUAAACAAUGAGUUUGUUACCAGAGAUUCUUUGGUGUACAACGUGAUGUACGCCGGUCUUAGAAACACCAAGGUUACGUCGAGGUUUCAUCUUGCUGAUGUUGUUCAAGAAAGUCAGAUGGUUGAGAAACUAGACAUUGGCUUCCAGAUUGACUAUCUUGAAGAGUUCCAGGCAGACAAGCCUACUUUUAAAGUAUCUGGAAACUUACCAGAGCUCGAUUUUCAUUUGUCUGAGCUUCAGCUUAACUAUUUGUUCAAUCUCCAAAAUAAGGUAAGUUCUGUCUUUAUGGCAACCGGCGACGACGACUCUAUGGACGAAAUUGAAGCCGACGCCGAAAACGCAAAUGCUUUAAUAGCUCAUGAUACUUCUAUUCAGAGGCAGAAGGAUCAAACUUCUUUCGACGGAAAAGAAAUUCAGAAAUCUGAGCCUAAAGGCUCCGCUCAGAACUCACCAGAGCAUAUCAAAUUUGACGUUGCAUUGGAGAUUCCACAAAUUUCUUUAAGCCUCUACCACAACACGAAUGACGUGGCGUCGAUCGAAGAAAAGAAACUUGCAUUGAUGGCGGUCAAGGACUUGAAAGCACUGUUUGUCAUGAAGGAUGACGAGAAUUUUAACUCGGACCUUUCUAUUAACGCGUUCACAAUUAGCGAUGUGAGAUCGAAUACCUCGAAUAAGUAUACUGAGGUGAUUCCACUGGUUCAAAGUGAGGGCGAUCAGUUUAAGCUCAACGCUUCCACAGGAUCUACGGGCGUGGCAGAUAAGAAGGCUACGACGGUCAUGUUAACUAUUGAAGAGCCGCAGGUCAUCCUAGCUCUUGAUUUCAUGUUUGGAUUGCAAGCAUUCGCUACAAAAGGUUUGCAAGUUGAGAGUGUGUCUGCCGCGUUGGAAGCCGAAGAUGAUGAGUCUGACACUGAAGAUUCAUUGGAAGGUCGACUCAAAAAUGCAGAGAAGGAAGAGGAGCAAACUUUGGCUUCAGCGCUUGGAUUUUCUAUUAACAUCACCAAGCCAUCGAUUUUGCUUCUUGCUGAUUCAACUAAGGAGGAUACUGAGGCGAUUGUGUUCAAGGUGGAACAAGUUCUUGUGACAAGUCAAAAUAUUGUUUCACUUGCCGCCGACAGUAUAGGCAUGUUUGUUACAAGGAUGAACGACUUUGAGAAAAAUAUUCGAAUCAUCGAUGACUUUUCGAUUUCGUUCGCCUUAGACGGAAGAGGCUCGACCUCUACAUCGUUCUUGACCAACAUUCAGCUCUCCAUUGACCCCUUGCUCGUUAGACUUUCGUUGCGUGAAGUUCGUUUGGGAAUGCGGAUUGCCAAUAGAGCAAAUGAGCUUUACGCAGAGGCAAUGGGAACCGAUAUCGAGAACUCAUCUGAGCCAGACCAUAGCAUAACUGACGACUUCAAGCGCCGUCUUUCACAAUAUGCGCCAAGUGUGGUAUCAGGUUUUUCGAGGGAAUCAGCAAAGAGAAGAAGACGUUCACUAACCACCGAAGUGAUUGUCAAAGGCGAAGAGUUCAAUGCAUCUUUUGGUGGUGCCAGAUUUGUUCUUAUUGGUGAUGUUCACGAAUUGCCUGUUAUUGAUGCGAAUAUCAAUCUGUUCGAGACUAAGGUUGUGAAUUGGUCUACUGAAUUAAGCGCAGAAUGUCAUCUUGAGCCCUACGUGAACAUCUAUAACUACGCAAAGUCCACUUGGGAGCCUUUGGUGGAACCAUGGCCUGUUUCGAUAUACGCUUCUAAAGCUAUUGAUCCCAAGCCAAGUAUCAUGAUAGAUGUUGUUUCUAGAAGUAUGGCUCAAAUCACGGUUUCUUCGAGAUCCGUGGCUUUACUUUCCCAAAUUUUCUCAGCCAUAACUCCUGAUGAAGAACACAAGUCCAGAGAUGAGGUGACUCCAUAUAUCAUUCUUAACCAGACAGGCUAUGACCUUGAGCUUUGGACUGAUCGAGGCGAAAAGCUGAGAAAAGAAAAGAAGGUAUUGAAGGACAAGGAGAAGACUCCAUGGUCGUUUGAAGAUUGGAGAGUCAUUCGUGAGAAGUUGGAUACUGACAAUGAACAAGAUGUUCUUGGGUUGAAAAUUCUCGAUUCGCCAUAUGACGAGAUCGGCAACAUAAAUGCAGCUGGAGUGGGCGAGCAGAUAUUCAUGUUAACUCCAGCAAUCGAAGGAGUACACAAUAGACUUGCUACGGAGAUUGUUUUGGGGGACGACAAUGUUAAAACUAUUAUCUUGCGUUCCACUAUCAAGGUUCAAAAUGACUCUGAUUCAGGGAUCGCUCUUAAAUUUGUUGACGCGGAGAAAGGCCGGGACACUGAACUUGUUGUCGAUGCUGGUGACACCAAAGCACUUCCAAUUGACAUAGUCUUUUCAAGCAAGCUCAAGAUCAAACCUUACCUCGAAACUAAAUUCAAUUGGUCUAAUGGGACGUUGGAAUGGAGGGACCUCAUGAAGCAGGGGACCGCCUUGUCUUGUUCAUCAGUGGGAACCGGAGAAACCUCCGUGUUCUACUAUCAAGCAGAAGCAAACUACGACGAAGAUGAGCCGCUUGCAAGGAUCUAUCCCCAUUUCACUUUAGUGAUUUCUGCACCACUUGAGGUUGAGAAUUUACUUCCUUUCGAUUUCAAUUUCAGAUUGUACGACAAAAGCAGCAAGAAGGACUGGAGUGGAUCUGUGAAGAAGGGUGAAAGCACUUUUGUCCAUGUUGUGACUCUUGACGCUCUUCUCUUACUCAGUGUUGAGCCUCUUGAUUGUUCAUUCGGUAAAUCUGAGUUUGCAAUUAUCAAUUCGACAAAGAAGAGUGAGUUCAAACGGGAGGUUCUCAUAAACACGCGGAGUGAAUCAGGAAGAAACGUACGUUUGAAGAUGCAUUAUCCUAAACAUGACGUGAAGAAGAACUUGAAAGUGUCGAUCUACAGUCCUUACAUCCUUUUGAAUAGGACUGGUCAAAGCUUAUCAGUUGUGGAUAAAGCCAGUCGCCUGAAUGUGUUGGAAACCUCAAGCUCCCUUGAAAACAUCCCACACAUGUUCUCAUUUGACAGGGAUGGCGAAAGGCUGAACAGAGGCCUUGUGAAGAUAUCCGACUCUGUUCUCUCUGCUCCUAUCAGUUUCGACGCCAUUGGUCAGAAUAUGGGAUUGCUGGUGCAGCUUAACCACAAACAGACGGAAAUGAACUUCGGUGUAUCGAUUUCUGAAGUUGAACACAAGAGCAUUAUGCUUAAAUUUGAGAACAACGGAAAAGGCUGGUCUUCCCCAUUUGCGAUCGAUGAUGUGGGACAGAUCUUUUUGAAGCUCCAGAAGGAGGGCCAGGGGCAAUCACUUCUAAAAGUAAAUGUCAUGACAGAAAAUGCCACCAUAUUUAUUCAAGUCGAGAGUGCUCACAACAAUUGGCCUUACUCUAUCAGAAACUUCACGGAUACAGAGCUUUACAUUUACCAAGCUAACCCCAAUGUCGAUCUGAACGGAGAGGUUGUCAAGCGAGACACAGUCUACAAGCCAGUGUAUUACAAGGUACCCGGAAAGAGUGUUAUGCCUUAUGCUUACGACUAUCCAAACGCAGUUGUCAAGGAGUUGAUUAUCAGAACCAGGGGUCGUGAGAGAGCUGUGAACUUAGCCGAGAUUGGUAAUCUCAAACCGUUUAGAUUGCCAGCGACCGAGCGUGACGUACAAAAAAUCCUUGAUCUCAAUGUGGUUGCUGAUGGCCCCACCCAGUCGCUUGUGAUCUCAGACUACGAUCCUGGAUUGAGUUUGUACAAGUUGAAAAAGACUGAGACCGCAGGGUCUAGUGCCACUCUUUCCAAACUGCAAUUCGAAGUGGAUGAGGUUGAUGAUAACUACUAUACCAAGAUCUUUACCCGCUUUGAAGGUUUGGGAAUUUCUUUGAUUAACACAAGAUCGCAGGAACUUUGUUAUAUCACUUUGAGAGGCCUCGAGCUCAGGUACAAUGAGUCCGACCUUUAUCAAAACUUAAGUUUGAAGUUGAAGUGGGUUCAGAUUGAUAACCAACUUUACGGCGGCAUCUUCCCUAUCAUUCUUUAUCCUACAGUGGUUCCAAAGUCAGGUAAGGAGAUGAAUAGCCACCCAUCGUUUUCAGGAUCGAUUUGCAAAGUGAAAGAUGAGUCCCACGGUGUUGUAUUCAUCAAGUAUGCCACAGUUUUACUCCAAGAAAUGACCAUGGAACUUGAUGAAGAUUUCCUCUUUGCUUUGUUGGACUUCUCUAAAUUCCCCGGAGCUAGUUGGAAUGCGCAUGUUGAGGAUAAGCUUUGUGAUAACAAUCUUGAGAUUCCUGAACCAACAAAGUUGUCUGACGCAAGUGAUAUCUACUUUGAGGCUUUGCAUUUGCAGCCAACUCUGACACACUUGUCGUUCGUGAGAACAGAGAGAGUUAAUGCAGAGGACAGAACCUCAUCUCAGAAUACGAUUAUGUUUUUCGUGAAUGUCCUUACCAUGGCCAUUGGUAAUAUCAACGAUGCUCCAAUCAAGUUGAACGCAUUGUUCAUUGAGAACAUAAGAGUACCAAUUCCUAUUUUACUUGAAUCUGUUCAAAAGCAUUACGGACAAUCCUUCUUCUAUCAGUUGCACAAGAUAUUGGGAUCUGCUGAUUUCUUAGGAAAUCCAGUGGGCUUAUUCAACAACAUUUCGUCGGGUGUGCUUGAUAUCUUCUACGAACCAUAUCAGGGUUUCGUUAUCAAUGAUCGCCCUCAAGAAUUAGGUAUCGGAAUUGCAAAGGGUGGCUUAAGUUUCCUCAAGAAGUCUGUCUUUGGCUUCUCGGACUCAUUCGCUAAGGUUACAGGCUCCCUCGCCAAGGGUUUGUCGGUAGCAACCAUGGAUAAGUCCUUCCAGGAGAGAAGAAGAUUAAACCAACGCAGGAACAAACCAAAACAUGCGUUGUACGGUUUUUCGUCUGGAGCUAAUUCCUUCUUUGAGUCCAUCUCGUCUGGAGUGACCGGAAUUGCAACUGCUCCAGCGGAAGGAGCCGCGAAGGGAGGAGCAAAUGGCUUCUUCAAGGGACUUGGCAAGGGUGUCGUUGGUCUCCCCACCAAAACUGCGAUUGGAUUCUUCGAUCUUGCCUCUAAUGUGGGCGAGGGUAUCAGAAAUACCACGACAGUUUUCGACGCAGAUGGCUUAGAGAAAGUUCGUCUCCCCAGAUACGUCUCCUACGACCAGGUGAUUCGUCCAUACUCCCAGAGAGAAGCGCAGGGACAGUUCUGGCUUAAGUCCAUUGAUGGUGGACGCUUCUUCAAUGAGACCUACUUGGCACACUUGCUACUUGCCGGAGAAGAGAAAGCGGUGGUGAUUACGUUCAAGAGAAUCAUACUCUUCUCUAUCGAUUCACUCAAGGUCAUUUGGGUGACGAACUUCGACCAGGUUAAGAGCAUCGGCUUAGAGAGUACUGGUAUUUCUAUCAAGCUCAAGGCGAAGGAAGGUCCAUUCAUACCCAUCUCGGAGAAGAAAAACAAGGAUUUCUUGUACGCAAGGCUUCGUGUUGCAGUUGAAAAGUUCAAUGAGCAUGCUAAGGUGAUCCAGUAA